AUGCCAGGCCUGACAGCGCACCAGCCGAAGGCUCGCGACCUGGUCAUCGCCGCUCAGCGAGCAUCUCCGGCUGACAGCAGACCAGCUGAGAAGAAGAAGAGUGACAUCUUUCCUGGUCUGUUUAAUGCAGGCGGACGCCAUGCGGGCGAUGUACCGGUCCGUCGAAUACCGGUCGCCACGGAGCGGACGGCGGCGGCGAAUCGUGCCACUCACCGCGGGCGCCAUGAACCUCCGGGAAACCGACUUGCAAGCGCAAGUGUCGAAGACCAGGAUGAUGUAGGAUAUGGCACCAAAGAGGGCGAGAAUACAAUCGAAGAGAAAGAACCUCGAGGACGCCCCUCCAAGCGCGGCGGCCACACAGCCUCGGGAUCCGGAGUUGACGAAAAGAAAGGACUUGGAAACACCACCACGCCUGGCGAACAUAUACCCACAAGUAUUCAGAUCAAAAGGGAUGAGACGGGUGCGAGUGGCACAGAGCCUGGCGACUAUACAGGCGCUAGUUUUGCGUCUGAUAAUACAGAACCUGUUGGAUAUACCAGCGUGAGUGGUGACCAUAAUUUAUCUGCUGCCAACAUUACACAAACCCAGUCUUAUGAUUAUGCCACCGGUGCGGUAAGCCACAUGGUAACGCAUACUGAAGCUGAAGACACGCAAACUAUGAAAAAUACCGAAAAUGCUAGCGACAUUACUGUGGCGGGUUCUGCGGCUGAAGAGACACAGUUUGGGGAAAAUGCCACCAAAGUUGGUGGUCACACCGCCACGGCUUCUGGAACUGAGGAAACAGAGCCACUUGUAAACACCAGCACAAGUGGAGGCUCUACUGCCACUGGUUCUCGAGCUGCAGAGACUGGACCGGUUAAAAAUACCAUUAAGUCUGACAACAAUGCUGCCAUUGGUUUAGAAACAGAAGCGGUGGAACCUGCUGAAAAUGUCACUAUGACCGGUUCUCUUACUGUAUCAGGUGCUGGAGAGGUAGAACAACUUGAGAAUGUCACCAAGGGUGGUGACUACACUGCUACUGGUGGUGGAGCUGAAAAGACGGAACCACAUGGAUAUAUCAGCAUGGAUAGCAUGGAGCCUUCUACUAACUAUGGAACUGCAAUGACUGAACUAAUUGAAAGUACCAACAAGGCAGGUAAUCACACUGCAACGGGUUUUGGAGAUGAAGAGACGGAAUUUAUUGACAGAACCAACAUUUCUGGCGCCCAUACAGCUAUGAGUAUUGAAGCUGAAGUGACGGAUCCACUUGAAAAUAGCACCCUACAUGGUCAUCAUGUUACCACAGGCACAGGAGCUGAGGAUACUGAAGCACAUGAAAAUAAUACCAAGGUGAGCGGCCAUACUUUAACUGCUCAUGAAGUUGAAUAUACGGAACCAAUUGCGAAUACCACCAAGGCCGGCGAUCAAACUGCAAAGGCUUCUGGAGAGAAAGAGACGGGGUCCAUUGACAUUACCAGCACACCGGGUGAGCGAACAGCAAUGAGUAUCGGAGCUGAAGUGACGGAUCCACUUGAAAAUAACACCAUACAUGGCGACCAUGUUACCACGGGCACAAGAGCUGAAGAGAGUGAAGGACGUGAAACUAAUAGCACGGUGAGCGACCACACUUUCACUGCCCAUGAAGCUGAAGAGACGGAACCAAUUGCGAGUACCAACCCACCCGGCGACCAUACAGCAAUUAGUAGUGAAGCGGAAGUUACGGAAACAUUUGAGAAUAGAACAGGGGACGACCAUGUUGCCAGUGUUACAGGAGCUGAAGAGACGGAACCAUUUGCGAAUACUACCAAGGUCGGCGACCAUACCACAAGUUCGGAAGCUGAAGAUACGAAAUCGGCUAAUAUUACUAACACACCCGGCGACUCUACAGCAAUGCAUACGGGUGCUGAAGAUACAGAACCACUUGAUAAUAGCACUACACAUAGUGGCCAUGUUGCCACGGAUACUGCACCUAAUGGGACAAGAGCACUUGGAAAUACUACCAUGGCCAGUGACCAUUAUUCCACGAGUACUGAAGCUGACAUGAUGGAAGCACUUAAUACCACGAAGGUCGGCGACCAUACUAGAAAGGUUGCUGCCAGUGGAGACGGUAAGCCAGAUAGUAACGCCAUCAAGAUUAGCUGCCAGAGUGAGCACUAG